GAGGGGGUUGCUCCAUAACAUGCACUCCAAUCUCAACAUCCACUCCAGAUUUAGAAAGCACAUCAGCAACCUGAUGAAUCUCACGAUAAAUGUGGCUAACUUCACAGUGAGGAAACUGUCUGAUCAAAAAUUGGUAACGGUCAAUAAGAGUUUUAGAAGGAUAUAAAUCAUUCACACCCUGCUUGAUCAUGUUAAACUCGCAACUUUGUCUCCCUCGAUCAGUCUCAAGUGUCAACUGAUGUUUGGCUCUCCUCGGCAGCUCAUAAGAAGAUAGUCUAUUCAACACACAACUACUACUACUGGGGCGGAUCCAAGUACACCCCUCAAGCCCACCCGAAAUUUUCUGCCUUCUGUAAUUGGGUAUGGGCUGUGUCAAGCCCACCCGAAGUCCCCGACGAAGACUCUCACACUCCCUCUCAGUCCCUCACGUGCUAUACUGCUCUAAGCCUUAGAUUACUCUUCUUCUUCUUCUUCUUCUUCAAUUUGGGGCAAUCAAGUAUGAUUUCAAUUUUGUUCAAUUUAAUCAAUUCAAUUUGGAGGGUUAAAGAUUGAUGUCGAAUUCAAUUUCGUGGGUUUUGAUUUAGCAGUGGAUUGAGGAUUGUUUCUGUGUGCCAUCGAUGUGAGAUUGAGGAAUGAUGACGGUAGAGUUAUUUGCGGUGGAACUUGCUUACGAAAAUGAUACGAGUCAAACGUAUGAUUAGCCAAGGAGUUAUAGAGCAAAGUUCAUUGACAUCUGCCGUAAUACGAGUCAGACAUCUACUGCUGAUUUUGUUCUUUGGUUUUGUAUAGAUACGCGUUUGAGGAAACCCAAGCCCACCCAAGGUUUCAAUCCUGGAUCCGCCACUCAACACAAGACCAAUUCUCACCGUAUUCAACAACUGACCUCGCCAGAUUCUCCACCAAAUCAAACCCAUAAUUAUUUUAGCCUAUGACAGCAUUUAGAUCAAACCUGAUCAAACAAUGUGCAAGUUUAAGAGUCUCUGAAUCCCCAAAAGCGAAAGGACUCCUCUGUUUCCACCUCAACCACCCAAGUUUCAUAGAUGCCCGCAUCAUCAAGACCGGCUUCGAUCCCAACACGUACCGCUCUAAUUUUCAGCUCAAGAACUUGUUAGAACGAGGCCAGCUAUCUCGAGCACAACAGGUGUUUGAGCAGAUGCCUCAGAAAAACACUUUCUCAGUAAACCUGAUGAUUUCCAGUUAUGUCAACUGUGGUAAUCUUUCUAAGGCUAGAGAGUUUCUUGACGGCAUGGUUGAGCGUACAGCUGUAACAUGGACAAUAUUGAUAGGUGGGUAUUCGCAAGCUGGUCAAUACCGUGAAUCAUUUAAACUUUACGCCGAGAUGCAUAGGUGGGGAACUAAGCCAGAUUAUGUGACUUUUGCAACUCUCUUAUCUGGAUGCUGCAACAUGGAUGCUACAAAGGAAGUAGUUCAGGUUCAUUCUCAUAUCCUUAAAUUGGGAUAUCAUUCUACACUCAUGGUUUGCAAUUCUCUGGUUGAUUCCUACUGCAAAUCACAUUGCCUGGAUUUUGCUUUUCGGCUUUUCAAGGAAAUGCCUGAAAGAGAUGCUGUUACAUUCAAUGCAUUGAUAACAGGGUACUCAAAAGAUGGGUUGAAUGAAGGUGCUAUUAACCUCUUUGCUGAAAUGCAAAAUCUGGGUUACAAGCCUUCUGAAUUUACAUUUGCAGCAGUACUUUGUGCCGGUAUCGGUUUAGAUGACAUUGUGCUUGGGCAACAGGUUCAUGGUUUUGUGGUUAAGACUAAUUUCGUUUGGAAUGUUUUUGUGGGAAAUGCAUUGCUCGAUUUCUACUCAAAGCAUGACUAUGUGGUUGAAGCAAGGAAACUUUUUGAUGAGAUGCCAGAGUUGGAUUGUAUUUCUUACAAUAUAAUCAUCUCCUCCUAUGUAUGGGAUGGGCAAUUUAAAGAGGCUCUUGAUAUUUUCCGUGAAUUGCAGCUUACCAAAUAUGACCGGAAGCAAUUCCCUUUUGCAACCAUGUUGAGCAUAGCAGCGAAUACUCUGAACAUAAAUGUGGGCCGGCAGAUACAUUCCCAGGCCAUUGUAGCAACAGCUGAUUCAGAAUCUCAGGUUGGAAAUUCUUUGGUUGACAUGUAUGGAAAAUGUGGCAGAUAUACUGAAGCCAGAAGUAUAUUUGCUAGUCUGGCUGACAGAAGUACAGUGCCAUGGACUGCACUCAUCUCAGCAUAUGUUCAGAAGGGACUCCAUGAAGAAGGCCUGGAACUGUACAAUGAGAUGCGCAGAGGAGAUGUUAGUCCCGACCAGGCCACUUUCGCAAGCAUUUUAAGAGCCUCUGCAAAUUUGGCUUCACUCUCACUAGGAAAGCAGUUACACUCAUCAGUCAUCAGAUUAGGAUUCAUUUGCAACGUUUUUCCUGCCAGUGCACUUCUAGAUAUGUAUGCGAAAUGUGGGUCCAUGAAAGAUGCUCUUCAGACUUUUCAAGAGAUGCCAAAGAGAAAUAUUGUAUGUUGGAAUGCCCUGAUCUCAGCUUAUGCACAAAAUGGUGAUGGUAAAGGGACUCUUAGAUCAUUUGAAUGGAUGGUUCAGUCAGGUUUUGCACCAGAUUAUGUUAGCUUCUUAAGUGUUUUGACUGCUUGUAGUCACUGUGGGCUUGUUGAAGAAGGACUACAUUACUUCAGCUCCUUGAUGCAUAACUCUAACAUUGUUCCAAAGAGAGAACUCUAUGCAUCAAUGGUGGAUGUGUUGUGUCGAAGUGGGAGAUUUGAUGAAGCAGAGAAAUUAAUGACUCGAAUGCCAUUUGAGCCCGAUGAGAUUAUGUGGUCGUCUGUACUAAACUCAUGCAGAAUUCAUAAGAAUCAAGAAUUGGCAGAGAGAGCCGCCAGCAGACUUUUCAAUAUGGCCGAGCUUAGGGACGCAGCUGCUUAUGUCAACUUGUCAAACAUUUAUGCAGAAACAGGUGAGUGGGAGAGUUUGAGGGAAGUGAAGAAGGCAAUGAGGGAGAGAGGAGUGAGAAAGGUUACAGCGUAUAGUUGGGUAGAAAUCAAACACAAGAUUCAUGUAUUUACAGUGAAUGACCAUAGCCAUCCAGAGAGUGGAAAAAUUAUGUCAAAAAUUGAUGAGUUGGCGAAGGAGAUGGAAGAGGAAGGACACAAGGCUGACGCAAGCUGUGCCCUUCACAAUGAAGAUGAGGAAAUAAAAGUGGAGUCUCUUAAAUAUCACAGUGAACGCUUAGCAAUUGCAUUUGCAUUGAUCAGCACACCAGAAGGUUCGCCUAUAGUAGUGAUGAAGAAUUUACGAGCUUGCACAAACUGCCAUGCUGCAAUUAAAGUGGUCACUAAGAUUGUUGGGAGAGAAAUAACAGUUAGAGACUCGAGCAGGUUCCAUCAUUUUAAAGAUGGGCUUUGCUCCUGUGGGGACUUUUGGUGACAUUUUUUAUAAACUGGGCAUUAUCAUUUAUCAUAUGUAUGCGACCUGUCAUAUUUAAAUUGCAACCCCUGUGAGUCUGUGUGCAAUAUUUAGCACAUCUUCAUCAAAAAAGGUAACACCAGUUUUGAAUCUCGAUAUGGAGUUAUGGCAUGCAACUAGCAAGGGCCUGUUCAUAACACCAGUAUUAUUAUUUGAAAAAAUAUGCCUCAGUGCUCUGCCCAUCCAGCCAUCUCUUCUCAUAGUCGAACAGGACAGACAAAUAGUGGAGAUAUGCUACUUUUCUGCAACAUAUAAUGUCCCCAGAGGAUGUUGCCCAGGUGGGAAAAGUAGCUUGCAAACUGCAGCUUCCUCAAUGGUUAAAUUUUUUUUUUUUCAGUUUUUCAUAUGUGAUGCCUUAUGAAGAAUCUGCUUCUUCUAAUAGAUUGCCUACUAUCACUGACGAUGGUAUCAAACAUUGGGUCGUAAUACUGAAUAGAGAAUACAGGCCAACAAGGAGUGCAGUGGGGAGUCUGCAAUCAGCAGUUAAUUUUGGUAAUUACGAGGAUUUUAGUUGUAGCAAGUAGGAAGCCUAGCAUACAAAAUCCAAGCUCUAAGAAAUGAUAAUUGUGCAUAUGCGGAUGCUUUGUGUAAUCGAGAUUAGUUGUAGAAACUAAACUCAUUAAAGCUAGAAGGGUUCACGAUUGUCAUCUCAUUUGUGAAUGUUAAAGUUUACAUUGUUACAAAUUUUGAGUAGUAAUUACAUACUGGAAACCUCCACAUA